AUGUAAAACAUUAAAUAUAAAAUAGUUAAUCUAGCCAAAAUAGAUUGGGUUAUAAAAGAUCGUAUAAUGAGUGAACAUAACUGUGAUUUAGCAAGCUCGGAUAGCUAAGAAUUUACUAUAAAAUUAAAUUUAGUUUAGUAGGAUACAAUUCAAAGAAUAAGAAUAGGAAAUUUGAAUGUACCGAAAGUAAAAAUUUAGCUGUAAGCAGGGACCCCACAGGUAAAAAAUGUUUAUGAGCGAGUUUUUGAUUUGCUUUAAAAAGAUGAAUUCCUGAAAGAAGAUUUAGACCAAUUAAGAGAGAAGAUAUUUGAGAUAGAUUGCGAUUAAAAAGUUAAUUUUGUAAUUUUUACCUUUUCAAACCCUUAUUACAAAGAAAAAAGUGACAUUCUAAAGUUCUUCUACAUACUAUUAGAAAAAAAGGGUCAUGGUUAAUAUAACAUAAAGUUGCCCGAAAAGACAAAACCUCCUAAUAAUAUAUAAAAUCAGAUUUCAUUAAACAACUUCUAACCAUAACCGACAACCAAAAAGCAAUUAUAGCUACUGUAAAUUGAUAAACCAAGUGAAGCAAAUAGAAAAACUCUAAAAGCUCCAGAAGGAGGCGGUGGCUAUAAUAGUAUUAUGAAUAUAAAAAAUUCUCCUACAUCAAAUAAGAAGGAAGGAACAUCGUAUUAUUAAUACUCAAAUAGCAAAUAAUAAAGAAAUCAUAUAAUAUAAGAGAAAUCAUUUGAUAAACUUUUUAAAGAAAAUAAAUAAUAAAAAUCUAUUUUGGAUUAUUAACUUACAAAUAAUAAUAAUGAAGAUGAUGAUAUUCAAAAAGCUAUAGAAAUGAGCAAGAAAGAAUUAGAUGAAUAAAAUAGGAAAAAAGAAGAAGAAAAGAAGCUAAUUUAAUAGUUAGAAAAGAAAGAUGAUUCUUAUGACUCGAUAGAAACUUAAACUAUAGAAAAUGAAAGUGAUAACGAUCAUACAUAUUUAAAUAAAAAAGAUGAUUAAGUGGAAAUUUAAAAUAAGAAUAAUGUAAAUAAAAUGAAUGUUGAGUUCAAAUAAUCAGAAAAUAAAAAUAUUGAAAAUGAGUCGUUUGAGGCUCAAUUAUAAAAAGCUAUUGAAUUAAGUAAACAGGAAGAAGAAAAGAAGAAGAAGCUAGAAGACCAGCAAAUGGAAGAGGAAAUUAAAAAAAUAAAAGAAACAAGUAAUUCAACAUAAUUAAUGGAAGAAGAAGAAAUUAAAGAAGUCAAAUAGAAAUAAAAAGAUUUAACAGAUGAAGAAAUUUAAUCUUAAAAAUAAUAAAAUUAUUAGAAGAGCGAAAAAAAAUAAAAUUAUUUGAUGAAAUUAAGUGAAAACAAAAAAGUUAAUAUAAAUAUAUAAUAUAACGAUGACUCCUUAAAUGGAAAUUAAAGUUUUAUCAAUUCCAAAGAAGACAAGGAGUCUAAUCAAAAUAAAGCCUAAAACUAAAAAAACUAAAAUCAUACUAACUAAAACAACCAUAAAAAUGUGAUGGAAGAAGAGAUUGUUAAAGACGAUAUUGAAAACGAUUAAAUUGAUGAUAAAUAUAAAAAAUAUCUAUAGAAUCGAGAUUUUGAAGACCCUGAAAAUAUAGAUAGAAAAUAAAACAAGCAUAAUAUUGUUGAUUCUGUCAAAAAAAACAAUUAAAAUUAAAAUAUUUGGAAUGAAAACGAUACAAUGGAAAUAGAAAGCUCAAAUAUUAAUCAUAAAUCAGAAAAUAUUUAGGAAACUGAAAAAUCUAACUAUAAUAAAUACAAACCAAACCCAGAAAAAGGCUUAAUAUAAUCAAAAUUGUUUGAUAAGAAUAAGCUAAAUAGAUAAGAUAAUUAAGAAUAAGAAAAUGGUAUUCAAAAUAAGUAGAGAGUAUCUAUAAAUAUAAAUAAUAAAAAUAAUAGCAAUCAGUAAUAAAGUAACAAUAAUUCCUAGCUCCAUUCUCAUUUUUAAUUGUAGCCUCAUCAUCUUUCUGACAGAAUUCUAAAAUUUUAAAGGCAAUAAGAAUUAUAAAGAAAAAUACCAGAAAAAUAUUUCCUCUUUUAGACAACUUUAAAAGAUAUUUUGAGAGAUAAAAUAAUAACUAUUAGUGGUUUUGAAGGUGAAAUCAGAGAAAAAAUGAAAUAAACAAUUAGUGAAUUAGGAGGCAUAUAUUAACAACAAUUAGAUGAAUUAUGUAGUUACAUGAUUACAAAAGAUACAAAAACAGAUAAAUACAAUCUUUAUUUGAAGAACAAAAGCAUAUUAAAGCAUUUAAAAAUAGUAGACAAAAAUUUUCUAAAUAUGUGUAAAUUCUAAAAAAAGCUAUUAAACUACCAAGAUUAUUAAAUUCAAUGA